AUGGCAGGGAGAAGACGCAGCGAGAGCGGUGGGCCUGGUUGUGGGCUGUUGGUGGCGGGUCUGUUGGUGGCCGUGGCCUCGCUGCUGGUGGUCCUCGGUGGCGGGCUGUGGUGGCACACCCUCCGCUUGGCGUCGCGCCAGCACCCGGAGGCCGGACACGUCGUCUCAUCGUCGUCGAGGUCGGCCAACGCCGCUGCCGCAGACGAGGCGGUGGCGGCCUUCGAGCGGCAGCUGCCGCGCGGCGAGCCCAACCCUGCGGUCGAGCGGCUGGCCGAGAGCAGUGUAGACAGCGAGGAGGAGCGAGAGGCGAGGGCAGACGCGGAGAGGGAGUUCGACCGGCUGCUGGCGUGGCUCGAGCGCACCUACACCCGCGUCUUCGCCACCCUGCGCAGGACGAAGCUGGACUGCCACAGUCUGAUCCUCGAGUGGCCCGGACGCGACAGGCGCCUCAAACCCUUCCUACUCGCUUCGCACAUGGAUGUGGUGCCGGUGGACCCCGAGACUGAGGCCGAGUGGCUCCACCCGCCGUUCUCGGGUGACGUGGCCGACGGGUUCGUUUGGGGCCGCGGCACGCUGGACGACAAGGUGGGCGUGGUGGGCAUCCUCGAGGCCGUCGAGGCGCUGAUCGCGUCGGGCUUCGAGCCCCGGCGCACGCUCUACCUCGCGUUCGGUCACGACGAGGAGGUGAGCGGACUCAACGGCGCGCUCAAGAUCGUCCAACACUUCCGCCAGCGCAACCUCACCCUCGAGUUUGUCUCCAAGAACGUGGCGCUCGUUGGCAUUGCCGAGAAGGGCUACUUGAGCGCCGAGUUGGUGGCACACGGACCGGGCGGCCACUCGUCGAUGCCCACUGCCGAGAACCCGAUCGGCAUCCUGGCCCAGGCCGUCGCCAAGCUCUACAACAACCCCAUGCCCGCCUCCAUCUCCGGUGCCGUCAAGGAAAUGCUUGAAUUUCUGGCGCCCGACGUGGACUCGCUGGCCGAGCGAGUGGUGCUGUCCAACCUGUGGCUCUUCUCGCCCGUCGUCACACGCGCACUCGACCGCGGCGCUACGGCGUCCUCCAUCCGCACCUCGUCGGCCCUCACCCGUUUCAACGCAGGAGUGAAGGAUAACGUGCUGCCCAAGAAGGCAACGGCCACCAUCAACUUCCGGAUCCUGCCCGGUGAGACCCCCGCCGAUUGCGUCGCCUACAUCAACCGGACGGUGAACGAUCCGCGAGUGGAGGUCUCUGUGCUGGGGGACCACACCAACCUGCCGUCGCCCGUCUCGCCGACCGACUCGCUCGGGUGGCACGUCGUCCAGUCGACAAUCCACCAGCUCUUCCCUGAAGUCGUCGUCGCGCCUUACCUCACGAUGGGAGCGACGGACGGGCGGUACUACCACGCGCUGACGGACAACGUGUACCGGUUCAUCCCAUACGUGCUGGGCGACGACGACCUGGCCCGCAUCCACGGCGUCAACGAGCGCGUCGCCGUCUCCGACGUCAUCGCCUCCGUCAAGUUCUACGGCCGGCUGAUCAUCAACGCGCAGGCCGAAGCGGUGGAGUUCGAGCCGAGGCGAGACGAACUGUGA